AAAGUGGUGCGGCCGCAGCCGGCGCAGCCUGGGCGCAGAUGCCCGGGCCUCUGCUCAGGCGCGGGUGCUGAGCCGCCAGGAUGCUCCGGGCUCCCGAGCUACGGCCGGGGGAGGGGGGGACGGCAGGCUGCAGCCCCCGCGCCGCACCACCCAUCCAGUCCAAGCCGCUUACCUCCUUCCUCAUCCAGGACAUCCUACGGGACCGCACGGAGCAGUGCGGAGGCCAAGCGGGCAGCCCGCAGCCGCAGCCACCGCCGCAGCCCCGGCGCCAGCCAGACCAGAGGCGAGACCCUGAGCCGGAGCCCAAGGGAGGAAGAGGCAGCGCCGGGGCGCCUGAGGACCAUAGGAGCGCCCGGCCCCGCGCCGCGCGGAGGGAGGCCGAGCCGCCGGCAGAGACCGAGCCAGAUAGGCACCUUGAGACUUAUCUGCUGGACUGUGAAAACACUCCAGGCGCCUUGCCGAGCCUGCCCCCAACCCCCAAGCAGCCGCAGAAGCGCUCCCGGGCCGCCUUCUCCCACACUCAGGUCAUAGAGUUAGAGAGGAAGUUCAGCCACCAGAAGUAUCUGUCGGCCCCCGAAAGGGCUCAUCUGGCCAAGAACCUCAAGCUCACGGAGACCCAAGUGAAAAUAUGGUUCCAAAAUAGACGCUAUAAAACCAAGCGGAAGCAGCUCACCUCGGACCUGGGGGACCUGGAGAAGCACCCCUCCUUGCCGGCUCUGAAGGAGGAAGGCUUCUCUCGGGCCUCCCUCAUCGCCAUGCAUCACACCUACCCUUACUACCCCUACCUUUACUGCUUGGGAGGCUGGAGCCCAGCUUUCUGGUAACAACGCCGGCUCAGACAACCAUGUGUGAUCAAAAGCUGCCUUCCCCUGGUGGUCCCUCUGGAAGGCAGAAGGGCCCGGGGUCAGGGAGGACUGGGCCGCAAGAGACCUGCAGACUGAAAGCACUGGAGGUUUGCUUGGAAAUCCCAGAUUCUUCACUGGUGUGCCAAUGAAAGACCUGGGACAGGAAAUAACUUAAGAGCCAAAUAGGUCCCCCCCCCCACGGGAAUGUAGGUCAUUUUUGCUUUGAGAGACCCGCUUGAAGUGGGGCGGGAUACAGUCAAGUGCUGUUUCCAGCAUCACUUGUGGAGGCUGCCCACAUCACCUGUGAGAAUUCUCCGCCUCCAGCUCCAUCCUCUUUUGUGACUGAGCAUCCGCUCCUCCUGAAGGGGGUGUGGGGGAGGGGAGGAGAGCUAAGAUGAGAUGUCACCUCCAGAAUUAAACUGAAGGUCAGACGCCUCUCAUUGGCCUUGGAGUAUGACCACGGGUUGCUCUCCAUCCCUGGGGGAGAGCAGGAAGCACAGGGUCCCACAGAGAAGCCUGUGGUGCUCAGGGCAGGUUGGCACAGGAUACAGAGAUGGGUAGGAGGAGAUGAAAAUAUAAGCUUCUUAUUCUUCCUUUUAAAAUAAUAGGCCAACUGAAGUAUUUACAGGGUGGCCCAAGCAGAACAAGAAGAACUCACUGUGGUUUUAAGACAAGCUGUCUAAACAGAAACUUUCCCUCAAGAGGUGGGCUGGGGCCGGAAGAAUCUCCCCGUGUCCAAGACAGUGGCUUAAGGAGAAGUCCCCACGCAUGCUGCUGCGGGGGGCUCGCAUGUCUUUAUUAGCAAAAGGACCUUUUUGCCCUGGGCCUGAGAAUUUAGAAUGAGAAGGUUCCUGGAGUUUUCAGGCUGUAAUUCAUACAACACCAUGACAGGUAACAUAAUUUUUCAAGCCCCUUUUUUGCCCUCCUAUUUUUUUGUUCCUUUUCCACAGCAGGGCUUCUUUUCAGUCCAGACUUUUAGUCUGACUGCACCUAACUUAUGCCUUCCUUAUUUAGCCUGAUCCCUAGUCUUUUUUUUUUUUUUUUUUUUCCUCUUUUUCAAAGUUUUCUCUCUCCUGGGUUAAAAAAAAAGAAAAAAAAGUAAAGGGAAGUAGAUUCUAAGUUAGCUAAAAGACAUGCAUUAAAAAAAAAAAAAAAAAAAAAAAACAAACCUCACCACCUAGCAAUUCUUAUUUCUUUCCUUUAAAAAUAUAUAGCAUUAAAUCCCAAAUCCUAUUUAAAGUCUUGGCAGCUCCAGAAGGUCACUGCCGUUUUCGUAGGACUUUCUGGUGGCUCUGCUGUUACAGUUCGAAGACUGCGAACCCUUUGGCAUCCCUGCAGGCAGAGGAGGUGAGAGGUAUGGGGCUUCCACACGCAGGAACACAAUGCAGAGUGAAGGGUCAGUAGAUGCCCUUAGGUUGCCUGGUGGAAAUCUGUGGAAAUCAAGGGCUCUGGGGUGAGGGGUGGAGAAAAGGGGCCUGGCCUUCCGAAGCCCAACCCCCUGGGCAAGCUGACUGGGCUGAUAGCACUUUGCAGGAAGAGGCUAAGAAAAAGGAAACCGUUUUCAAAACACAGUAUUGCGGUUUCCAUCACCAAACAAUGAAACGAUCCCAAUGCUUCAGGAACUGUGUUUAACACCCAUUAAAAAAAAAAAAAAAAAAAAAAAAAAA